AUGACGAGCAUCAAGGUUGCCCUUGCCGGAGCUAGCGGGAAUCUCGGUCCUGCAGUUCUCAAGGAGCUCCUCGCUGCAGGCUUUAAUGUGACUGUCCUCACUCGACAGGGCAGUGAUAAAACCUUUGACUCCCGUGUCCACGUCGCACAGGUGGACUAUGAGUCCCUCGACUCCCUCAAGGCGGCUCUUUCCGGCCAGGAUGUUGUAGUCAGCACUUUGAAUGUCGGCGCAGUUCCCAAGUCCACCCACUUGCGCUUGAUCGAUGCAGCAGUAGCAACUGGUGUUAAGCGGUUUAUCCCUUCGGAAUACGGCUGCGACACCACGAAUCCCCUUGCCUCAAAAUCGCCUGUCUUCGGCGAUAAGGUCAGCGUUAAGGGAUAUCUCGAGAACGCCGCUCAGCAAUCCGGCCUCAGCUACUCGCAGCUCUUGACUGGCCCCUUCCUCGACUGGGGUAUCCAGAACGGCUUCUUGCUCAAUCUUGCUGGUCCGGUUGCACUAUAUGAUGGCGGCGAUCGUCGUUUUAGCGCAACUACUCUCGGUGGCAUCGGCAAAGGAGUGGUUGGAAUCAUCAACAACCUCGAAGCCACUAAGAACUCCGCAGUUUAUAUCAAUGAAGCUAGAGUCACUCAGAAUGAGCUGCUGGAAUUGUCCGGCAAGACCCUUGAGACGAAGAUUGUUCAGACCACAGACAUGGAACAGGAGGCUUUUGCAGAACUGACCAAGCCUGCCCCUAACCCGGCGAUCUUUGUUCCCAAAUUCAUUCUGCGGGCUAUCUUUGGUGAAGGAUUUGGCUCUCUUUUCGACUCUGAGAAGGUUUCUAACGAUCUGUUCGGCCUGAAGACUCUGUCCAAGGAGGAACUCCGCGGUCUUAUCCGCCAGUGA